AUGAAAUUGAUAGUCAAGAGAUCCGUCGAGCGCGACGCGGCGGCCGUGAUCGUAAAGGCGCCGGAACCCUCGCCGGCGGCGGCGGCGCAGCCGCCUUUCCGGGCCUCACCGCCGUACGGCCCGGUCCCGGCAGCGGCGGCUUCCACAGGCUUUCUUGAACGGUUGCGUCCCCUGUGCAUGUGGCGCUCGCAGUACUUGUGCCCCGCCACCACGUCCCUCGAGCACCGCCACUUCUUGCCGUCCGUCCGCCGGCACCUCCCCGGCUCCGGGUCCAUCGCCCCCUUCCCCCAGUACCCCGCCUGCACCACUUGA